AGAUCAAAAGUCGUGGCUUUGAUCAGUGAGUACCGCAAGAAGAGGUACCGGAGUGUGUGGUUUGAGGAGUAUGGAUCUGAGGCCAGUAAGGCAGAGUCAAAGCAACCUCUCCCUAAUACCAAUUCCCGUCACAACCACGCCAACAACAACGGUGCAGCCGCUUCUCUUCUGGAAAAUCUCCAUCUAGCAGCCAAAGAAGCUCUACAAGUCAGUCCAGAUUCGUGCAAAACGGCUGCAAUUCCGCUCGAGCUCAGCCGGCUAGAGUCCGGCGGGCUGCGUCACAGUUCCCGCAAUCCUCCGGCUCAAUCGUCCCGGACCAGCCUCCUUGGAAAGCCCAUCAAGUCAGGCCGCCACAGAGGGCCUCGUUACAGGAAGUCCCAAGCCCUGGUUUACAACUUUCUGGAGAGGCCCCGGGGCUUCAAAUCCGUGACCUACCACGUCCUACUUUCUAUUCCAUUUUCAAGUACUACUGGUUUCCCAGAACAACGCUCGCUUGUAUCGCGGCAAAUGCCACCUACAAUCAAUUGCUUGGAUUAAAGUCUUCCAGCAUAGUUUUUAUCUUUUGAACAGUUAGAUGUAAAAGUAAAAAAAAACAAUGUAAGUUCAUAAGCUAAUUCGUUUUCGUAUUUUAUCUUUUGUACAAUA